CAGCACUGAUCAGAGCCGGAUGAUGCAGACAGAUGAGGAGAAGGAGGGAGGAGGAGAGGAAGGAGGAGCAAUUGGUGGAACAGACUGGCUGAGGCUUGCAGCUCUCAGUCUUUCCUCUGUGCUUGGUAGGGAGGCUUCUAUCUAUUUCUCUCCCUCCCUCUUUCUCUCUGCUCUCUCUCUCUAUUUUGCUGACAAAAACACACACACAGGCAGGAGGGCUCGCUCCCUCAAACUCACUCAGCCUGCACCAUGCUGCCCUGGAGAAGAAGUAAGUUUGUUCUCGUGGAGGAUGAGGCCAAGACAAAGCCUAAGAGCCUUGGAGUGGGGCUGACCUACCAGUCCAUCAUCUCCUCCCUGGUGCGCUCCUGUCCCGACCUGCUCCCUGACUCCACUCCCUUUGACUGGCUGGGCUCCGUUUUCCAGAGCAAGAGGCAGACGGUGGAGCUCAAUAAAGAGGAGCACACCUACAACGUUCGUUACCUGGGAAGCAUCGUCACCAUCACAGCUAAAGGAGGAGGCUGCACACAGGACCCUGUGGCUAAGAUCUGGCAAAGGAGUAACUACGGAGAGCAGAGCGUCAAGAUGAUGUUAACAGUGGGUCUUCAGGGCAUCCGGAUGGGCACAGACAAGACAGGCAAGAAGAAGCCCACCCAACUAUACUCUCUGAACCGGAUCACCUGCUGCACAGCUGACCCCUGUCGGCCCAAGAUCCUAGCCUGGAUCUACAGACAUCAGGUCAAGAACAAGGCGGUGGUUCUCCGGUGCCAUGCCGUUCUGGUCAGCAAGUCAGAGAAGGCCAGGGCCAUCGCACAUAGUCUCUACCAGACGUCCACUUCAGCCUUCAGUGAGUUCAAGCGGCUGAAGAGGCAGAGUGAUUUCAGGCACUGCCAGCAGCAGCUGCUGGGGGAGGACAUGGUGCCGCUGAUGCCCCUGAGGAAGCUGCUCAACGGGCAGUGCCACUACCGGCCACCUGCUGACAGCCCUGGAGGCCCCAGCACCACUCGUCUCUGCUCCAUCACAGAGGAGGAAGAAGAGGAGGAAGAGGUGGAGGAAGAGGUGGAGGAUGAGAAGGUGGCGGAAGAAGGGUAUGAGGGAGAUGAAGAAGCUCUAAAGGACACUAACCUAACUCAGUCAUAUGGGUCAUGUGAGAUGAGCCUAGGGGACAUAGUUAAUGGACUGGAUGAGUGCUAUAUCAACAUCAACAUAAGCAUCAGCGACAGCAACAACAACACAUUGACAUUUGUCAGUUCUCUAGUGUGAGAGGAGAGUACAUGGACAUGGUGUCAUAUUACCACAGAGCCACAUUCGUCCUCUACUCUUUUCACUGGUAACCUACUUUCACUGGCUCUUUCCUGUUGUCCACAAUUUGCAGUGUCUGUCAGGGAAGUUCUCCUCCAGUGCUCUUCUGGGUCAAGGAAGGAAGAAAAUCUCUGUUUGGGAAAGGAAUAUAUUUUUUCAGACGGCUCAGACAGACUCUGGUUUGUCAAUUUCAAUUUACCGUAACAAUUUGGUGAGACUGAGUGUUUACAAUGAGGGUUGUGUGAGAGACUGAUAAUAGCACAAUUAAAAGGGAACAAUUUCCGAGACUGUUGAGAGAACUAACACUGAACUCGUCAUAGUACUGCCAGGUCUCACAUCUCACCCAAACCCAAAUUGUGUUUACGUCUCUGUGUAACUUGAUAUUUUGUAAAUACAGUGUUUUAAUGUACGCACAUUUUGAUUGACUUGUACUUUUUCAGAGGUUGUUUAAAUGAAAAAUAUGUAUACUUUCUACUAAGACAGUCUGUAUAAUGUAAUUUUCCACAGUUGACCUUUCUGAGUGCGUUCAACCCUGAGCAGAAGUUUAAUAUAAUUUUACAACAGCAUAACUCCGGCAGAUUAAUGAAUUAGGCUAUAAUUUGGGAAUCAAGCCAUUGAGUUGACAUGUUUAUUGCUGCCAUUUGCUAAAGCCCUGCGUACUAUUUAUAUCUGCAGUGACAUUUAAUGCUGAGUCUUUUGUCUUUCUUAAUGAGACACCUUUGAUCUCAAGGCUGUUGUUAUGUUAUAUCUCCACACUGUGAUACAUUUGUAACCAAGGAGACAAAUGAGAGUAUGCACAAAUAUGUGUAGUUUUUGAACAUUUGUUUUUUUACCUAUAAACAAAACAGAGAUACAUGCCCCUGAGUGUGUAUUAUAUUUCUAUCAGCAGGAUUAAGGAUGUGUUUGCAUGACUGCUGGACCUUUUUUCUCUCAAAAUGGCAGACACACUGAGGAAAGAAAGAUACAUCUGUUUCUCGCAGGUGAAUGAACCAGACCACGAAAUAUUUAGUCUUAUUAUCUAAUUUCCUAAAGAUUGAGUCUUUACUAUUUAACAAAAACAUUGUGAUUAUGGUCUUUGUUAUAUCUACAUGAAAUUAAGUUAUUGUGUAAUAAGUAAUAAAAAAUACCCUCAGAAUUUCA